GCUGAGCCGAGCCCAGAUCCCCCAGCACCAGCCUCCGCCGCCAGCCCGGACCAUGAGCCGCCCAAGGAGCUUCGCCCCCGGCACCCCCCUGCUGCUGCUGCUGGCCUGCGCCGCGCUGUGCCGGGGUGCCCCCAUGGCCGGCGAGCUGCGGUGCCAGUGCCUGCAGACCGAGACGGCGGUGAUCCCCCCCAAGCGCAUCGCCAACGUGGAGCUGAUCCCCGAGGGGCCCCACUGCGGGGUGCCAGAAGUCAUAGCCACCACGAAGCAAGGCAAGAAAGUCUGCCUGGAGCCCACCGCGCCCUGGGUCAAGCUGAUCGUCACCAAGAUCCUGAACAG